AUGAUAGUCCCGUGGGAGAGGCAAGGGGGAAAGGCGGGAGAGGGAGCGGGUUGGGGGCGCGCGCGGGAGGAGCAACCAGGGGGGAGUGAUUGGCGGAACCAGGGGGGCAUGGCGGAAGCGCUGGUUGGAAAGGGGGAGGGGGGACCAGUCCGCUGGGAGCGGCUUCCGCAGGUGCCAUUGGCGGAGCGGAGAAGGCAGGCAAAGGGGGAGCGCGCGUGGGGGGUAGAUGGCGCUGGGGGGGAGCAGCGCACUUGGGGGGAGGAGCGCCAGCGGGAGGACCAGCGCAAUAGGGGGGAGCAGCGGGAGCGCAUUGCGCCAAUGGCGGGGGAGGAUGUGCGCCCGUGGCAGCGGGAGGGGGAGGGGGAGAUGGGCGAGGGGGAGUGGAGGAUACGCCAACAAUGGCGGAGAGGGGAGGAGGGGAGAAUGCGCCAACAGGAACGAGGGGAGGAAGGGGGGCGCGUGUGGUGGGAGGAGGAUGCAGAGGUUGGGGCGGAGGGGGGAAUGCGCCCUCGGGGAAGGGGGGAGAGGGGGAGAGGGCAAGGGGGAACAGCAAGGGGCGGUAGUGAAGGGGUUAGAGGGGGAAGGAUGAAGCAAGAGGAGACACUGGAGGGAUUGACAGUGGAAGGGAGGGGGGAAGAGGGAGAGGAAGGGGAAGAAGGCUGGAUGUGGUGGGAAGAAGGGGGGCUAUAUCGGCGAGGUAGGGGAGGAGGGAGGGAAGGCGGAGGGGGGGGAGGCGGAGGGAGGGACGAAGGAGAGCGGAGAGAAGGUGGGAAGGGCGGAAAUGGGAUGGGAGCAGGGAGGGCAGGAGGUAGAGGAGGAGAAGGAGAAGGAAAGGCGUCUUAUGAAGCGCGCCAAACCAGGCAGGGACAGGCACGAGCAGCAUUCCCUGAAGCAGAAGCAGAGGCGGGAAGGGGGGGGCGGGGGAGGGAAGGCGCAUGGGGAGUGGGCGGAGGACGAGGGGGAGGAGGGGCCGGAGGGGGAGGGGGAGGAAGGGGAGGGAGAGGCGGGGGAGGAGGGCAGAGGUUAGCAUAUCAAGGAUCAAACCGGACGAGCAGGGGAGGAGGGAGGGGAGCAUCAUUGGUGCUGCCUGCGGUACCGGAGGAGGUGAUUGGUCGACACGUGAAGCUCAAACACGUGGAGGAUCUGUGGAACGAGGAUGACGGCCCGCUGGAGAGAGAAUCAGGGCCUGCUUAUAACGAGUAUGGGACUCCGCCUGGUGCUGGUGCUGCUGCUGCUGCGGAUGGUGAUUUGAGUGUUGGCCAAAACCACUCAAAGGAGGAGGAGGAAGAGGAGGAGGAAGAGGAGGAGGAAGAGGAGGAGGAAGAGGAGGAGGAAGAGGAGGAGGAAGAGGAGGAGGAGGAAGAGGAGGAGGAAGAGGAGGAGGAAGAGGAGGAGGAAGAGGAGGAGGAGGAAGAGGAGGAGGACAGGAGGGCUGUUUCGCGGAUCCCAUGGUUGGCUUAUGCUGCUGCUGACAAUGAUGGGGAUGAUGGGGAUGAUGGGGAUGAUGGCAGAGAACACAACGCCAGCAUUCCCAAGGGUGACAGCAGUGAUGCUGACAACACCGAGCGUGAUAAUACCGGUGAUGGAUGCGAGAACAACAGAAGCGGCUCAGUGGGAGUGGAACCAGGCACUUUCGCCGCCUUACCUCUCUCCCAGGCCUUGCUUUCAGCCGUCAGCAGCAGUAUGGGCUUUAAGCGAUGCACUCCCUUGCAAGCUGCUGUCAUGCCACACAUACUCGCAGGAGCUGAUCUCUUGGUCAAGACCAGUCCUGGCAGAGGGAAGACCGUGGCUUUUAUGAUUCCCUGCCUUUACAGGCUCGUUACAGACUUCUUCGACUCUCCCGCUCGGCCGCUUGCUGGUGCUGGUACCCCAGUGGAGGUGCUGCUGGUGUGCGCUAACAGAGAGAGGGCUGAGAGGGCUCUGGGGCAGGCGCAGCAGCUGAUGCAGCUGCUUCAGACGCCGCAGCCACAACAGGUGCAGGGGACUCCGCGAGGGCAGGAAGGAAUCGGGGAACUGGGAAGAAAGGAAGCAGCAAGAGGAGGAUUAGGGGACAGGAGGAGAGGAGGAGGAGUUAGGGGGAGGCGUGCUGACCGAAUGAAGGGCGUCAGGCAGGGGGGGGAGUCGGGAGUGGGGCCACAGGGAGUGGGGCGGCAAGUGGUGGGGGCGCAGAUGGUGGUUGGAGGGUUGAGUAUGGACGGUGAGGGGAGGCGGUUGCAGCAGGCGCCGUGUCAAGUGCUGGUGGCGACUCCUGCUCGGCUGUUGGAGCACUUGCAGCAGACCCAGGGCAUGCGGAACCGAGUGCAGCAGGUGAAGGUGAGUGCAGCAGGUGAAGCUGGUGGCAACUCCUGCUCGGCUGUUAGAGCACUUGCAGCAGACUCAGGGCAUGCGGAACAGAAUGCAGCCGCUGAAGGUGAGGAGGUAUGCAGUAGAGGAGGGGAAGGUGUGUUCGAGGACUUAGAGGGCGAGGACUUAGAGGGCGAGGACUUAGAGGGCGAGGACUUAGAGGGCGAGGACUUAGAGGGCGAGGACUUAGAGGGCGAGGACUUAGAGGGCGAGGACUUAGAGGGCGAGGACUUAGAGGGCGAGGACUUAGAGGGCGAGGACUUAGAGGGCGAGGACUUAGAGGGCGAGGACUUAGAGGGCGAGGACUUAGAGGGCGAGGACUUAGAGGGCGAGGACUUAGAGGGCGAGGACUUAGAGGGCGAGGACUUAGAGGGCGAGGACUUGCAGGACUACCCGUGA